AUGAAUAUGAAAUCCACUACUACUAGUUGCGUGAAAGUUUCUAUCAAGCAGGAGGAUAGUUCAAAUAAUAACGAAGAUACUUUGAAUAAAUUGUCGGGGUUUAAAGCAUAUGCAGUAGCAAUCUCUGCUAUCUUAGGAGCAGGGGUUCUGUACAUGCAUGCCGGAAUAUUUACUGGUGGCAUACUUGCCUGGGUUAUAGGAGUUGGAGUUUGUGCAUUAAGCUCGUUCUAUAUCUCACAAGCCGUUUAUCGCAAGAUGCGACAUAUUGAAGAAGAGAAAGCUAAAUGGGAGAAGGAGAAAGAAGCCCUCCGGGUUCAAAACUACUUUGCUCUUAACAAAACUCUUGAUACAACGGAUGAUAGCAAUGAAAAAAUGGCCGUGGAUUAUCCCGGUUUAAUUGGAACCGGUUCGCCGGUCAUUCAGAAGCUACUGAGCUUCUCUAUUGGGUUCCAGGGAGCAGCCUCGCUUAUUAUCUAUAUGGGAUUGUUGUUUAUUUGGUCGGCUGACAUUAUUAAGUUUCUUACGCCGGCCGAUUGGAUAGAUACAACUAAGCAAAAUGUCAUUAUUUAUGCAGUCUCAGGAUUGAUUGUACUAGUCUGUGGUAAACAUGCAAUAAAGCGGCCUGGAAAGGACAGUAAAGUCAUUACGACUUUAUCAGCUCUUUGCAUUGCAGUUUUAUUUGGGAUAGUCUUAUCUAUGCUUUUGCUUAUUAUUUUCAAUCCUAAUACUGCUAGUAAUACGCCUGAGACCUUUACUUCAGAGUCAGUAAAGGGUUUGGCUGCUGGAGUGCACUUCCCAAGCUUGAGUUUCAUAAGUGGAACGGCCUCAAUGUUGUUUGCCCUUUGCUCCCAUCAAAACAUUCCUAUCUACCAAUCUAAAAUGCAAGCUAAACGUAAACGAACCUUAGUAUCAGUGGCUUUUGGGGCUCUAGUGAUUAUGGGUCUCUUCUUUUUGGGAAUUGGAGCUAUUGGAUACUUUGUGGUGUACAACCCGGUUAAUGCCAGUAAUCCGUCCUACUCACCUAAAGAUAUCUUAAGUGAACUCAGCCAAAUACUCUCUGAUCCUUCCGGUUCCAAAGUCAAUAGCUCGUUACAAUCUAUCUUCAAAUGGUUAAUCGCUGGCAUUAAACUAUCUAUGUUCCCGGUGCUAAUCAAUGCUUUCAUGUGGCAGAGCAUAACAUAUCGAACCGUGCUUUUGAGCGCAUUAAAACGCCCGAUCAAGAAGCAUACUGGUCAAAGUGAUAAAAGCUCUGGUGUAAUAGUGACGGCUGGAAUUAUAAUUACAGCAAUUACAUUCCUUGUGGUCUUAUUGCCAAUCAACCUAAAUGACGUAAUUGUCAUUGUGGGUGGCGCAGCUACGUCAUUUAUCGUCCUAUUCGUUCCAGCCUAUCUUAUUAUAACUAAGAAAAUCAAAAAGUCAGAUAAGCUUGCUUGGUAUGAUUGGGUUGCAGCUGCUAUUCUUUUAUCGGCCUUUGUCGGUCUGUUUUCAUACGUUGUUAUAUAUGGAACAAUCGAGAAAGUAGUUGCUGCUACUAAUGUG